CGACCAGAUUCUUUUCGCGCCUUUCAUCUGUCAUUUGUAGGAUAGUAUUUCGGUUCGAUGAGCUGAUCUCACGAUGUCGGUUCUUCGGGGUGGUUCGUUCUUCCAAAGACGGCUUACAAAGUUGUAUACCGAUACCAAAUCAUCGUGCGAAAGCGUCUCUACUGCCGCAAGGCCAAAUGACGACCCGGAACUGAUCUCCCUUAAUCGAAGUUUCCGGACGCAAAAGGACCGAUUGUUGGCCUGGGGUCUUGAUUGGAGCGAUGCCAGCGCUGCGCAGCCCAACGACAUUGAUGAGGCGCUGGCCGAAGCUGGCUUCAGCGACGUUGUCGCCAGCAUCAUGUCAUCCAUUCAGGGACUUUUGAAUGAGGCUGAGAGGCUGCAGCAACCUGAUAUUCCGAAAUCCUCUCCGGAUGGGCUGACGACUGGCGUGGUCAAGACAACGUGGACAGAUAAUGAAAUAUCGAGAUCAAAAGCGCUGUUGGACGAGCUGACUUCGCACAUUGAUACCCUUUAUGACUUAUCCCGAUCACGGAGGAAUAUGACCAUGAGCAUCUCAUCGAAUACACAGUCGCAGAUGCAGAGCCCUCAUUCUCCAUAUUCGCCUCGGCCCGAGAAGUCAACGUCAAAAAGGCCACUGUUGUAUCCAGUCUCUCUUGAUUCUAAGAUAUAUCCCGAGAAGCACAGCCAUCUAGCAAAAAGAGACAUCAAAGGUGGCUCUCACUUUUCUAGCGGCACAGAGCGAUUUGCUAUGAGUUCUUUGAAUCUUCAUGUCGACACCUCGGCUCAUGACCACACCUUCCUCGCUGAUGAAGCACUUCUACCUUUCUUAUCCUCCACAAAAGAAUAUUACAUCAAUCGCAAAGCCCUGUACCUUUCCAGUGAUGGAGCCACCCACGCUCCCAAUCCGCCACCUUAUGAACCUGUUGCAGCUUCAGCAAAUUCUCGAGUAACGGGGCAGUUGCACACGUCCGCUAUACCAGCUCCAUUGGCCGAAGGCGUGAAUGCCCUUUCGGUUCCGAUCUUGGUCGAAUUUUCGCCGAUACUAAUGGAAAUGCAGAACUCUCCAGUUUUACCGAAAAAGCAAAGAUUGGACCACCUCAGUCAAACCCUGAAACGACUGGUCGAAAAUGCCAGGGUCUCUCACCUCGGAUUGCUCAAGUUCCUGGGUUACUUCGUCGAUAUGGCACAUUCUCGCUAUGCAUUUGUCUAUCAGAUGCCAACAGACAUUCCUUCCCUACCAAGGCAGCCGUCUUAUCCAAUACAACCCAAGCCUCUUGUCUCACUCUUACUCUCCGGUAUCGACCCCCAGGAUACUCCGGUUCCAAAUCUUGAAAUAAGAUUCCGAUUAGCAUAUAGUCUCGUUUUAGCCGUUCUACAUAUGCGAAGUCAGAAUCUCAUCCAUGGAAAUCUCAACAGCAACAAUAUCUUGAUAUUUCCUGGUGUGGAAGUGUCUAACACAGGCGCUGUGGACAACUUCCCCGCAGACUUCCGUCAUCCUUACUUAACAUCUCCAGCUUUAUUUGACAGUGAAGACAAGAAUUCUCCUCCCGAACCUCUUUCGUCGAGCAUGUACCGGCAUCCAGACGAUCGACGAAUAAUUACCGACCAAUCCGCAUGGGCGUACGACCUUUACAGCCUCGGACUGGUCCUACUUGAGAUUGGUCUAUGGACUCCCAUUAGCAGACUAUGGAAGAUGAAGUACACAAACGCAAUGUUUAAGUCAAGGAUCGAAAAUGUGUACAUAAAGAAGCUCGGGGCUAAGUGCGGAGGAGCGUACCUGCAAACGGUCCAACUCUGUCUCGAUGCACCUAAUUUCCAUCUCUCGACAUCUCCUAUGGAGGACCUGAGUCUCCGAGUUCCUCAGACAUAUCACUACCCAUGGAACGAGCCGAGCAAGGCCAAUGAGUGGGAUACUUUCUCGAAGAAUUUUCUUUAUACGGUCGGGAAAGUAACCUUCCGAUGUUGUAGCCUUGAUAUCGUUGCACCACCUCCUGACACCGAUCUCGAGGAGUCUCUUCCGCCGCCUUUGAGCCUUGAUCUUGACGCUUCAUCAUUCCAAGAAGUUAAGCCACAGGAUUUGGGAAUUCCCACCGUUGAACCUGUUGUUCCAAUUAACAUUGGGGAUGAUACUGCACCUUUAACGGAUCGAUUUGGCUCACACAUAAAUUCCGACAAUACUGAAAGAAGAGUUCGAAAGCGAACCCUUAAAAAAUGGUCAAACCUUGAGAUACCCGAUGAUCAUCUCCAGGCCUGGAACAAGAUACUCAUGCCAAAGCUGAGCAAGUUACUUCAGAAAAUCCUCAAAGAUUCGAAUGAACCCUGCAGUGUUAGCUUGAUGAUCGCUGGCGAAUCCGCAGAAACAGCCAAAACAACUAUCUGCGUCACCUGCACGAGCGUUCGCAGAGUUAAGGCCGCACUCAAGAAGUAUUUUGAGUAUGAUCGCGAAAACUGGGACUUGAUUGUCAUCAGGGGGAAUAUAAACCGAUCAAAAGUACCUAGAAGACGUCGCAAGAAAGCUAAAAGCUCAAAGACAGCAGAAAAGGCUCCUAUGGAUUUGAAUCCCCAUUACCAACAAAGACCUAUAUGCGGUGCCUCGAUAGGGGCAUUCCGUUCGGACGAACAUUUGCCACCGGUUUCGUAUGGCGGCGCGAUCCUCGUGGAUGGUCUGCCUUACGGGAUGACCGUCCACCAUAUGCUUGAUAGCCCUUGUGACGACGAUGAAGAGUACGAAGAUAACGGCUGCCCUCCCCGGUCUUCUGGCAAUUAUACGCCGCAUACGGAGAUGCAAGAUCAAGACUUUGCUUACUCUUGGUGUGAUGAUGUCCCACCGCAAGCGCUCUACCCCUUCGAAAUUUCCGACAGCGAGGGCGCUGAUGACCAAUCUAUUGCCCAUAGUAUCGAUGAAACAUAUGAUGACUAUUGGCUGUCUGAUAGUUAUUCAAGCGACGAAGCAGAAGACGUCGGGGAUUUCGAUAUUGAUGACGAUACAGCAUCGAUCGGAGACACUGAAGGGGUCGACCCUCAAGAUGAGCCUCGGAUUAUAGUCACGCAACCAGCCCUUGAUGACGUGGAAGACGGCUUCUUUCCUACUCCUGAGGAUCGAGACGACGAGCACCUUGCAUCACACUCACUGGGUUAUGUCCAUGCCUCCUCUGGACUUCGAAGGACAACACGGGAUGGAAUCAAGCAUGAAGUCGAUUGGGCGCUUAUUAAAAUCGAUUCUGACCGUUUGGACGCUACCAAUGUAGUCCCCUUUACGCCUAGUGCGUCGUCUUCGUCGCAUCCACAUUCAGCAAAUAUUGCACCUUCCAACAGCGCCGAUCAACCUCCACAGCAUCAGUUCCAAAACCUCACAAAAGUAGCCAGACUCGAUGAGUUGGGUGGCUUGUAUGUACAGUGCUGUGGAAGGACGAGUGGCUUUCAGAGCGGGCGAAUUUCCAAGGCAAUGACACUUGUCAGAUUGCCUGGCCGUCAAUCAUUUUCUUUGAGCUUUUGCGUUGACGGCAAUUUUGGAGUUCCCGGCGAUUCUGGUGCAUGGGUAUUCAAUCAAAACGGCCAAGUAUGCGGACACGUGCUCGCAUGGUCCGAAAAGAGUCGAACGGCAUACAUCGCACCUAUGGAAAUCCUCCUCGACGAUAUCGCACGCACGCUCGGUGCAAACAGCGUGGCGCUUCCGGGUAGCGAAGAAGAAUUAGCCUGGCACGGCGCCAUGGCCGCUGCGACUUCUCCUUAUGUCAAUGUCGCCGCUGCAACGACGAAACAUAGCCUGAGUGUGGUUAAAGACCAGCUACCUCUAGAUCUUCGGAGGCUGAAUCUUGAUCAUCUCGACGAGCCCUCACUCGCUCGACAGACCUCCGGACAACCCACUGCUCCCGGCGGUAGGAACGCGACAAGUUCUACUGCUACUUCUGCCAUGAAAGACGUUCCCGUGUCUGGUGCAACCACGUAUAGAGGUAUCAAUGCUUUGGUAUCCCAUCCACGAACUAUGGAACACCAACUUGCUUGAUUUAUGAUAAUGCCUGUGGCGAUGCUAUUGAAACCUGUUUCCUGCUGUUUAUACUUAUUUUUGGAAGCACUAGCUGAAUGAUAUGUAUGAUUGCACUGUUUUUAUAAACGAAAUAGUUAAUUACCAUGCUGUUAACUUCCACU